AUGCCAAUCAAUGGGGACAAACAUGUUCGAUUUGAGCAGAAAUUUAAGGUUCCAGACAACUUAGACACAAAUGGCAUCAAAGCAAAAUUUAAUGGUAAAAUUCUCAUCAUAACCAUUCCAAAGUACAAGGCAGAAAAGAAGGAAGAGCCCGAACUGGAUGGCAUGAAGGACCAAGGUGUUGCUCCAAAAGACGAGGAGAUAGAGAAAGAACAUGAACCCAUUGGCAAAAAAGAUCAAGGAGAAGAGAAAAAACCUGAACCUACAGACAUAAAGGAUCAAGAUGAUAUGCCAAAGGACAAGAAAGAAGAGAAGAAAGAGCCUGAACCUGUUGGCAUAAAGGAUGAAAAGCCAGAAGAGAAGAAAGAACCUGAACCUGUUGGCAUAAAGGAUGAAAAGCCAGAAGAGAAGAAAGAACCUGAACCUACAGACAUAAAGGAUCAAGAUGAUAUGCCAAAGGACAAGAAAGAAGAGAAGAAAGAGCCUGAACCUGUUGGCAUAAAGGAUGAAAAGCCAGAAGAGAAGAAAGAACCUGAACCUGUUGGCAUAAAGGAUGAAAAGCCAGAAGAGAAGAAAGAACCUGAACCUACAGGCAUAAAGGAUGAAAAGCCAAUGCCAAAGGACAAGAAAGAAGAGAAGAAAGAGCCUGAACCUGUUGGCAUAAAGGAUCAAAAGCCAGAAGAGAAGAAAGAACCUGAACCUACAGACAUAAAGGAUCAAGAUGAUAUGCCAAAGGACAAGAAGGAAGAGAAGAAAGAACCUGAAUCUGUUGGCAUAAAGGAUCAAAAGCCAGAAAAGAAGAAAGAACCUGAACCUACAGACAUAAAGGAUCAAGAUGAUAUGCCAAAGGACAAGAAGGAAGAGAAGAAAGAGCCUGAACCUGUUGGCAUAAAGGAUCAAAAGCCAGAAGAGAAGAAAGAGCCUGAACCUGUUGGCAUAAAGGAUCAAAAGCCAAAAGAGAAGAAAGAACCUGAACCUGUUGGCAUAAAAGAUCAAAAGCCAGAAGAGAAGAAAGAACCUGAACCUACAGACAUAAAGGAUCAAGAUGAUAUGCCAAAGGACAAGAAGGAAGAGAAGAAAGAGCCUGAACCUGUUGGCAUAAAGGAUCAAAAGCCAGAAGAGAAGAAAGAACCUGAACCUGUUGGCGUAAAGGAUGAAAAGCCAGAAGAGAAGAAAGAACCUGAACUUACAGACAUAAAGGAUCAAGAUGAUAUGCCAAAGGACAAGAAGGAAGAGAAGAAAGAGCCUGAACCUGUUGGCAUAAAGGAUCAAAAGCCAGAAGAGAAGAAAGAGCCUGAACCUGUUGGCAUAAAGGAUCAAAAGCCAGAAGAGAAGAAAGAACCUGAACCUGUUGGCAUAAAGGAUCAAAAGCCAGAAGAGAAGAAAGAACCUGAACCUACAGACAUAAAGGAUCAAGAUGAUACGCCAAAGGACAAGAAAAAAGAGAAGAAAGAGCCUGAACCUGUUGGCAUAAAGGAUCAAAAGCCAGACGAGAAUAAAGAACCUGAACCUGUUGGCAUAAAGGAUCAACAACCAGAAGAGAAGAAAGAACCUGAACCUACAGACAUAAAGGAUCAAGAUGAUAUGCCAAAGGACAAGAAGGAAGAGAAGAAAGAGCCUGAACCUGUUGGCAUAAAGGAUCAACAACCAGAAGAGAAGAAAGAACCUGAACCUACAGACAUAAAGGAUCAAGAUGAUAUGCCAAAGGACAAGAAGGAAGAGAAGAAAGAGCCUGAACCUGUUGGCAUAAAGGAUCAACAACCAGAAGAGAAGAAAGAACCUGAACCUGUUGGCAUAAAGGAUCAAAAGCCAGAAGAGAAGAAAGAAUCUGAACUUACUGACAUAAAGGACCAAAGUGUUGUACUAAAGCAAAAUGAGGAAGAGAAGAAACAACCCAUACUUGCAGACAUAAAGGAUCAAGGCGCUGUUAGAACACGUAAGGAAGAAGAGAAAAAAGAACAUGAACUGAUUGACAUGAAAGAUCAAGUAGUUACUCCUGAACCUGUCGGCAUAAAGGAUAAAAAGGCAGAAGAAAAGAAAGAACCUGAACCUGCUGACAUAAACGACCAAAGUGUUAUUUCAGAGCACAAGGAAGAAGAGAAGAAAGAACUCGUACCUGCUGACAUAAAGGAUCAAGGUGACCUAAUUCCAACAGACAAGGCAGAGGAGAAGAACGGUCCUGAACCUGUUGGCAUAAAGGAUCAAAAGCCAGAAGAAAAGAAAGGACCCGAACCUACUGGCAUAAAGGACCAAGGUGACCUUAUUCCAACAGACAAGGCAGCGGAGAAGAACGGUCCUGAACCUGUUGGCAUAAAGGAUCAAAAGCCAGAAGAAAAGAAAGGACCCGAACCUACUGGCAUAAAGGACCAAGGUGACAUUAUUCCAACAGACAAGGCAGAGGAGAAGAAAAGUCCUGAACCUGUCGGCAUAAAGGAUAAAAAGGUAGAAGAAAAGAAAGAACCUGAACCUGCUGACAUAAACGACCAGAGUGUUAUUUCAGAGCACAAAGAGGAAGAGAAGAAAGAACUUGUACCUGCUGACAUAAAGGAUCAAGGUGACCUUAUUCCAACAGACAAGGUAGAGGAGAAGAAAGGUCCUGAACUUGUUGGCAUAAAGGAUCAAAAGCCAGAAGAAAAGAAAGGACCCGAACUUGCUGGCAUAAAGGACCAAAGUGACAUUAUUCCAACAGACAAGGCAGAGGAGAAGAAAGGUCCUGAACUAGUCGACAUAAAGGAUCAAAAGCCAGAAGAAAAGAAAGAACCUGAACCUGCUGACAUAAACGACCAGGGUGUUAUUUCAGAGCACAAGGAGGAAGAGAAGAAAGAACUUGUACCUGCUGACAUAAAGGAUCAAGGUGUUGUUCCAGAGCAUAAGGAAGAAGAGAAAAGAGAACCCAAACUCACUGAACUGAAAGAUCAAGGUGUUAUUCCAAAAGAAAUGGAGGUUGAGAAGAAGGAACCUAAACCUGAUGGCAUAAAAGAUCAAAAGCCGAAAGAGAAGAAAGAACCUAAACCUGCUGGCAUAAAGGAUCAAGAUGGUCUAACAGACAAGGUGGAGAAAAAGAAAGAACUUGAACCUAUUGGCAAAAAGGAUCAAGAGCUGAAAGAAAAGAAAGAACCUGAACCUGCUGACAUAAAGGACCAAGGUGUAGUUCCAAAGCACAAGGAUGAAGAGAAGAAAACACCUGAACCCGAUGGCAUAAAAGAUCAAGGUGUUGUUCUACAGUAUAAGGAGGAAGAAAAGAAAGAUCAACUUGAACCUACUAGCAUGAAGGAUCAAGGUGUUGCUUCAAUGCAUAAAGAAGAAGAGAAGAAAGAACCCGAACCUCCUGGCAUAAAGGAUCAAGGACGUGUUAUUCUAAUACACAUGGUAGAAAAGGAGAAAGAACAUAAACCGGCUAGCGUCAAGGAUCAAAGUGUGAAUGGUACCACAGAAGAGCAUAUACAUGAAACAUCAAAUGAUAACAAAGUGAAAAAGAAAGACGAUAGUGUACAUGCUAAUGACCUCCACGUCUGUGAAAGUGAGAAGGAAGAAGGAAGUUAUAGAACUCCUCCUAUAAGUUCCUCUGAAGAUUCCAUGAGUAGAUCAGAAAGUGAGCCUAGUUAUCUAAGAACUGGAAUAGACAUAUUGAGCAAAAACAAAGAGAUUAUAUUAGCAACCAUGUUAGCAGUCUCAUUAGGGGUGUUUGUAACUCGUAAAAUUCGAGGUAGAGAAAAGAAGGCUCCCUAA